AUGACUAAUGACAUGACAGUUCAGGAUCUUAAUAGUUAUAUUCGAACAAUAUCCAUACACAGAAUCAAGCACAACACAGAUAAAGGUGCUAUAUCUCAAAAAAAUGAAAAAAAAGUGAAGGAGUUGUGGACCCCCCGUAGGUGUGUGGUGUGA